UUUCCCCCAUUCCAUCCCCACCGCCUGCGUGCGCCAGCACCCCCUGCGCAGCUUCGGGAAUGCUCUCGAACCAAAAAUCAACUUUCAUUCUCUCUUACAAGCCCCUUUCCCCACGGCCUCUCUGGCUUUCCCGGCCAAGACUCGCUCCCCUCUCGUUCCCGUCUCCGUCCCCAAGGCUCCGGAACCUUCCGAGGAUCCCAAGAAUUCCCCGGAUUCUUCCAACGUUUACGAGCAGGACGAGCUGAGCGAGCAGAUGGCGAGCCUGGAGGGGCUGAUGAAACAACUGAACGCCAUCACCGGUUCCGCUUUUUAAUUCCCCCAAA